AUGUUCAACAAUUUCUUCUUCUGUUGCUCCACUAGACCCAAAUUGAAGUGCGAAAACGAUUCUCAAAAACCCCUUUUGAUCACCAAGGAAGACGACCAUGACGAAUUACACAAUCCGACGAUGGCGAUGGCUUUGCUGUUGACAUCGUGGCUGAAUGGACGUCGGUUAAGGUACUUGAUUCUAGCUCUCUGCUUGCCUUUGCUCAUCCCGAUCGUAUGCGCGAUUUUUCCUUUCCUGUGUGCCGUUGAAAUCUGCUUCCGAUUCUGCCGGCGCGGCCGGAAGCGUUGUCGGCUGAAAUCAGGUCCGCCGCUGGAUGUGGAAGGAGCUGGACAGGUGGUGGUGGUGGUGGAAUGGAAUCUGCUGGAGAGGUAUCUUGAUGAUCAAUUAGGGCUUGCUCUUGAAAUUGCUUGUGAAUGUGAUGAUGAAACUGAUGAUUUUUACAGUAAUCGGAGUUAUCUUUUGUGUUAA